UGGACUUGCCGUUGCCUACCUCCCUCCAGCUUCUUUCUGUGCAUCGCGCUGCUUGGGCGUUGUUGCUGGUACUUUUAGAGCAUUUUGGGUGUGAACUACAGCCCGCCUUCUCUGGGCUAUUCGGCGGUGUACUCGACUACCUGUCUGACCUAAUAUGCGUGGAUGAUGAGUCUAUUCAUAUGCAACUUUCUGCUCUACUUGAAAAACUUUUGAAACAUCCGCUUCUUCUAAGGUGUUCCUACUCCAUUUUUUUCAAAGUUUCAAAAGCCCUUAGCGCUGUGUUAAAAUAUUCGAAGACGAAUAACCUCAAAGAACACAUAUGCUCAAUUGCUUUUAAUAUUGCGAAAUUUAUUAAAGAUCGUAAAUUUAUUGCACAAGUUGUCUAUCUUUUCUGGGCGUAUGCAUACGAAGAUUUCUUGGCCGAGCAGUUAAUACAGCUCAUCACGCGCUAUGCUUCGGUCGCAUGGAUAAGCCUCAAUGCUCCUUCUGAAUAUCCGGGAUUAUCAAUAUUAACCUCCGAUAGUGAGCCGCUCUGCAUACAAGUUGUGAACUUGGGGACUUUAUUGCUAGAACGCCUAAAGAUACCAACUGUUACUGGCGCACCUGUUUUAAGCGAGAGAACUUUUUCUGAUUUUAAAGUUCUUGGGCUCAUUGCCUGCGCUUCUUUGCGCGUGAUAGUUGAGCAGGGCAUCGUAGAGCAGAAGUGGACUGAAAAAAUUGUCGUUUUUAUUACUUCUACUAUUGAAUUUUGGUUGAGCGCCUUGGCGGUGCAUGGACGUGUAAAUAAACAGCUGCUCAAUAUAAUUAUGGGGGCCAUUUCAAAGUUCCCUUGCGUUUCUUACAAGGAGGGCCUUAUAUCUUCGAAGACACUUGAUUCGCUAGGCUGUAUACUCGGUUGGAUAUGGUUGUCAAACCAUUUCCUGCCUCUCUUUCAGUGCAAACACAGCGAUGAGGCGAGCCUGCUGAUGGUUGCGUCCAGCGCCUUGUAUCGCGCAGAGGAACUUCUCUCUUCCGUUCUUCGCGAAGCAACAAAGUUUGAGUGGCCCAGCGUUAGAGUGAAGGCUCUUUUUAGUGUGGCCGAGCAUGAACAGACUCAAAUUUUCAGUUGCCCAUUCUCCAUUGACUUAAAACAUAAAUGCGUGUUUGGCCUGGGUCUCCUACCCGACCAUUUUGUCAAUAUCAAGAUAUUUAUAAUAAAUUCUUUUUUACUCGACUUAGUUUCAUUAGAGAGCCAUAAGGAGUACACCUGCAAAGACGGAUCAUUCAGUCUUGAGGGCUUGUUUCAUCUACUCCACCCCACAUCAACAUUCACUCAACGGAUGGAAUUCAUAUCCCGCAUUAUCCGGUCCUUGUGCUACUGCUUGGGCUUGGAUUGGUGCGCCUGUCCUGUCUUGGAGCUCUUUUGCGGUCUCCCGUGCUUUUUGUUUGCCAAACACGACUCAGCAGCAGAGGCUUGUCUUUGCAGAGCCAAGAAAACUUCACAAGACUCCUCCGUUUGUUCUGAAAGCGCACACGCCGUCGUGGAUCUUGCUGGACUCAUUAUCCAUGCGGCCACCUCGGACACUUCGAUCUUGUUAUUGACGGGGGAGCAUGCCAAGAGAUUAUUCAUUCUCUUUCUCGACACUCUUUUCCGCCACCUCACAAUUCACGACGUAUUUACCCUCGACGCUGGACUUGCCCGCCACAUCAUCACCACAUGCACGACUCUUCUCCGAGACAGCAGUCCGCGUGUGAGAUAUCUGAUGGGGUAUUUUUCCUAUAGGCUUUUACGCACGCUCUUCUCAACAAGUUUAGCAAUAAACUGGGCAUUCUUGUUCACAAUGAAUGGCAUCAAGCAGCGGUGGAUCUGGAUAGAAUUACAGUACGCCCUUCACAUUUUCGCUGGUGCAGCUUUUCCCUUUACCUUUUUCAUUGUUAUUAGAGUCCUGAAAACACGUUUUUAG